CCAUUAGGUAGCUUGUUCCGAUUAACUUCGACAUUCUCAACGCUUAAGCUGCAGCAACACUCUUUUCUUCACCAGUCUCUUCCACUUUUUGGGGAGAAAAAGAUGGCAGAUGGAUUUGGCUACGGCGGUUUCUCUGGAGUACCUUACCCGUUUUGGCUUUCCUCUCCGUCCUCGCAUCCUCCAGCUACUGCGCCGCCGUUUCUGGCAAGCCAUCCCGUUGAAUCCUAUGAUCCAACCCAAAGGGGCUUUGAUCCGAUGACUUCUCAUGGCUCUUAUCACCGAUCGCCGGCUGAUUGGUCGAAUAACCCAGCUUACGGUGAUAAUUCUCGCUCUCAGACGCCUUCUUCAUCGUUUUACGCUGACAACAGUCGACCCGGAAAUUUCGGUCCUAGGGGUGAAGAUUCUUAUAAAGACAUGUACUCACCGAGUGGAUUUUACUCAAGGGAAUCAUCAUCUGAUUUUGUGCCACUCCCCACUGAGAAUUUCUCAGAGAGGCAACGCUUAAACUUGGUGCCUACCUAUAACUCAGCUACCUCAGCUACAGUGUCUUCUUUAGCAGAUAUGCUAAUCAGAAAUUCUCAGGAACCAUUCUAUAAGCCUAUCAUGCCUUCUGAUGUUUAUGCUUCUAGCAAUGCUUUUGAUGAGAAACGUCCCGGACAUUACCAUCCUGGGUAUGAUAAACCUGUUAGUAUGAAUGCUGUCUCUGGUACUCCCGUGGAGCCUUACGUACGUGUUACAGAUAGUAUUCCACUUUUUCCAAUGUCAAGCUUGAAAACGGAAGCUCACUUUGAUGGAAGUCAGACUGGGAUUCAUUUAGGGGAUGGGGGAUCGUUCAACAGAGAUGUUUAUAAUAACGCGCCCGAUAAUACUGGAGGAGUACAAUCCAGCUUGCAUGGUUCUUCUAUCGACCCAGUUAACUUUGAUGUGUUGCUUGGAUAUGGUGAAGCCACUGGUCAUGCCAAGCCUUUGUCUGAGAAUCCAGAUCUUCACAAUCAGAUUGUUGGCUCGCCAGGUUCGAAAAGUCCCCGAUCUUACAACCCGCUACGGUUUGAUUUCAAGUCCCCGGGUCCACUGUUUAAGAAAAAACGAGAAGGUAGUGAAUUCUCCCUUUAUCAGAAGCCAAGCACUUUGGUUGCUGACAGUGAGAAUGCUGAUUCGGAGAGGUCCUUGAAGAACGCAAUUGAAGAUUUAAACUGUGAUGAGCAUAUAUCUUGGAGCCACUUCAUGAUGGUACCGUCUGAGGGACUUUCAGCUCCAAUCAUGGGAAGUGAGUCAUGUGGUGAACUGAAAGCGGAUAAUGGAGAUGCUCAAUCAGCUGUCAACUAUAAUACCUCUUUUGAAGGUAGUGAUAAUCAACCUAGUGAAGAUGUCCAGGCCAAGGAAAAGCCAUGUAAGCUCCAGGAACAAAUGUUUGAAAUAAUGAAUAGAGAGAAGAAGACCGCGUUGUUGACAGAUAUGGGUCUCAAAGGGAUUUGCAGAUCGAAUGCAGAUGAGGUCUCAACUGGCCAAUCACCUGAAAGGCAUUUAUGCGAUCAAGGAGAUAUCACAUCCCGGACUUCUUCUCCAAGAGUUUCUUCCGUGGUUAAUGCCAUGCAUAAUCUGUCAGAAGUGCUUCUUUAUGAAUGCUUCAGCAAUGGAAGCUCGCUGAAGCUGGAAGAACGUGAGAACCUUGAUAAGGUAGUAGACAAUCUCACCAAGUGCUUAAAGAAACUCACCGGCAAUAAGACAUUAGCAGUGGAUGCAUCACUUCCAACUCAAGCUUUGCAUGUUUCCUGUCCAAACGUGGUUGACCUUAAUGAGGCCUCAAAUGUAGUUGCUAAAGACGUUGAAGGGUUUAAUGUCAAGCUACCGGACAGCUUUGGCUUUAAAGAACCGGUGGAUAAGAAUGAGAUGACCCAGAGUAUUAAGAACAUACUUGCUUCCAACUUUCCUGAUGGUGAAGAAAACCACCCACAAACUCUCUUGUACAAGAAUCUCUGGCUCGAUACUGAAGCUGCCUUAUGUUCCACAUCUUGCAUGGCUCGGUAUCAUCGUAUCAAGAACGAGAUUGGUAGUGUCAAAUCUCAGAAUAUAGAGAUCUCUGCAGAUGCAUCAAUAUAUAUGCAGGAACCGUUUCUUAACCCCGAGAAAUCAGUUCCCAUCAUAAACAAUGUAGAGCAGGAGACAGCUGAAUCGCUCAUCAAACAUGGAAGGAAUUGCGGGAACAAUGUAGUAACAACGAGUCAUGAUGCACCCCAAAGCUCUAGAUUCAACUCAGAUCCCGUGGAUGCAGUAUUAUCGCUUAUGUCCAGAAGCUUCAUGGGUGCUUUAGAACCAAACAUUGAUGGAAACUUCAAGCCUGAUGCAACCUCUGGAAAGAUACCGGACGCGAUACAGAAGGAAUCAUCCACUGCAUCCACCACUGAGGACAAACAUAAUGAUGUUAUCGACCGGUUUCAGAUUCUGAAGCAUCAGGAAACAAAGCGCAAACUCAAGUCUCAGAACUGCCCGGAUACAGACAUUGGUCAGUUUCAGAUUCUGAAGCAGACAAAAAUGGGUGUCCAGGAAGACAAUCCAGAAGCUUCGAAGAUGGCUAAUAUUGGCAAAAGCGGCCAUGUGAGUGAUGUUAUGGAUAGAUUCCAGAUACUGAAAAGCAGGGAAGCUGCUGAGCAAGUGUUGAAGUCUCUCAACCGCUUGGACAUAGAUUCAGAUUCAGAUGCAGACAGCGACCAGCCAAGAAGGAAAACACAAAUGCGUGGUGAUCUCGAGUCAGGCUGGAGGAUGACAAGACUCUGCGAGUUCAGUCCUCAGAUAGGGGAGACAUGCGUGGAUACUGAAGCUGGCAAAGGCUACGAGAGCCCGACCUCCGAUUGGGAACAUGUCCGCAAGGAUGAUUGAGUAAUUGAACUUUUCCUUGGGCAAGAAGUUUCAAUCCUUUUUAUGUUUGCUUGUUAGUAUAAAUAAAAAAAAGGAUUUAUGGGACAACAUGAACUCCGUAUGAAAACGUUUGUGUAUAAUAAGGGAUGAAAACUUGGUGGAGUGGUAUUUGCUGAUUUUUAAAAUGGG